GUUUUAUUGCGUGAGUUAAUCGCUAAGUUGUAAAUUGCAAUAAACCGUAUUAAAAAAACAAAAACUGCAACGAGAUUUCGUUACAUGUGACGACCACAAGACGAGAUCAUGAAUAAUUUGGACACCAGUGUUCCUGUAAACUGCGCGUGCAAGUUCUUUAGCCACUUAUCUGCGGUCAAUAAAAACCUGCUGCAAAUAACGAAAAAAAAAUUCUCAUAGAAAGCAAAUUUAUCCUCUUGUUGAAUCCAUGAAAUAAAUGAUAGAUUACUUACCCUCCAUGAUGGCGAGACUACACGCAUCAGCUGCGUUUGGGAGAGAAAUACAGUCUCAAAUUCAUACUACAUAAACGUAGUAAUUACUUGCAUAAACGUAAAAUAUUUGUUAGUAUAUAAUGAAAUCAAAGUGGGCGUUGGUAAUGAUACAAAUUGUCCUUCAUGUAUAAGGGUAAUUAGUUUGGCCACAUGCCCAUUCUACGACGAAGCUGCUGCACCUCAAAAUAACACGGGCUAUUGUUGAAAACCUAUAAAUUUCUUUUUUUGGAAAUUUACUGCAUCGAUUUGAGCUUUCCGGGAACUCCCUUCAGAUUCUUAACACUUGAUAUUUGGAAAAAUAACUCAGGCGGACACAGUUGAAAAAAAAGAGGAAAGCCAAUCAGAUUGCUCCUUCCCCCUUUGGCCAAUGACAGACGCCACAUUGUUGUCAAAUUUGUCUAAUGAAAACGGAGGCAACAAUAGAGGAGAGAGGGGAGCGAGGAUCUGUAUCCACUGACUAGAUCUCAGGAGGAAGUUAGUGUCUCAGGCUGCGGUGAGUAACAACCUCGACUCCUCCUGGACACUUUUCACUUUCUUCUGGGGGAGGAAUGGUCGCACCUCUCUGCUCCUGCUCCACUCGGAUUUAAAGUCGACUGUAUCUGCUCUUUGUGUUUGCUUCUUUGACAGACUCUAGGACACUUUCCACCAGAGUUUCGAUCAUCGAUCUUUUUUUUUUUUUCGUUUUCGCCUCGUCAGUAUAGACUCACAGCGUUGACUUCACCUGUUGACUUCACCAGAGAUGCUGAGCUGAACAGAUGUGAUCAACUUCAACGAUUUAACACAGGCAACAAAAAAAGUUCAGAACAGUGUUGUUUUCUCCUUCAUAUAGUUCAGUGACACCAGUGAGGAUCACAGGCAUGGAUCUGAGACCGGAGCACCCCACGGUCUCCUCUGCCUCUCAAGUCCACGCAGGAGCGGCUGCAGCAGCUGCAGCGGCGGCGGCGGCAGCAUCCAUCCCGGUGUCCAUGGCCGGGAGCCUGCUGCGCGGCCCUCAGCUGCUUCUUCGCGCCACGGACAAGUACCCGCGCACCCCGAAGUGCGCCCGCUGCAGGAACCACGGCGUCGUGUCCGCGCUCAAGGGCCACAAGCGCUACUGCCGUUGGAAGGACUGCAUGUGCGCCAAGUGCACCCUGAUCGCGGAGCGGCAGCGGGUGAUGGCGGCGCAGGUGGCACUGCGGCGGCAACAGGCGCAGGAGGAGAACGAAGCCCGGGAGCUGCAGCUGCUCUACGGCACCGCGGAGGGACUCGCUCUGGCCGCCGCCAACGGCAUCAUCCCCCCGCGUCCGAACUACGAGGUGUUUGGAUCUGUGAGCAGCGAGAGCAACUCAGAUUCAAGUAUCCAGAAGUACGAGCUGUUUCCAAAGAGCCAGCACUCCGGCUCUGCCACGCCACAGCAGUCUGUGGGGAAACCGACGUCCACUGAGAGCGACUCGGCCCCGGGCAUAUCUUCUCCUGACGGUCGACAUGGAGGCUCGGGUUCGGAGAACGGAGACAGCGAGUCUUUCAUUAACUCGCCCGUGUCCAAGCCUUUGAAGGACGGAGGGGAGACUCCCGGCUCGGUCAGCUCUCUGGGCUCUGACUCCGGCUCCGAGACCGACAAAGACGACCAGGAACCUUCUCCUUCCUCUGCGGCCUCCCGGCACAUGAACGCCAUCGAUAUCCUGACCCGGGUUUUCCCCAGCCACAAGCGGAGCGUCCUGGAGCUGGUCCUGCAGGGCUGUGGUAAAGACGUGGUUCAGGCCAUAGAGCAGAUCCUCAACAACAGCGACACACAUGGGGCCAACAAAAGCGGGCCGGAGGAGACGUGGACGGCGGAGAGGAUGCUCCAAAACGCCCAACAACCACCGCCGUCCUCCACGUCCACAGGCGCACCGACAAGGCCCAUGUUACCGGGAGCCAUGACGCUGAGUAACCGCUCUGCCUUCUCGCCUCUCCAACCUAACUCCCCGCACUUCGGCGCCGACCCAAGCACCUAUUCUCUGGGUACACACCUGGGACUGAACCCGCUGCGGCUGGCCUACUCUGCCCACAGCCGGGGACUGGCUUUCAUGACGCCCUACUCCACCACCGGCCUGAUGCCCACUCUGGGCUUCAGACCCCCGAUGGACUAUGCCUUUAGUGACCUGAUCAGGGACAGGACAAUGUUACACAAAGAGCAGGGCUAUGCCAGCGGCCUGUACGGGCCUUUGGUCAACAACACGCCGGACAAGCAGUGAGGCUGCUGGACUGACCACACACACACACAUCCCGCUGUAUUUGUAGCCACAAGUGUUGAAUGUUCUGGCUUAAAAUCUUGUGAUGUGUUUGGGCUACAGAUUUUUACUGUAAAUUAUAGGAUUAUCUGACUUGUAGUCAAAUGGUGAGAGCGGGAAAGACUCAACUCACUUAUGUGCAAGUUUCAAAAGUGAUUUUAUUUGUUAGAAGACAAAACGUUUGGGAGACAUUCCUAACUGUAUAAGUCUGAUCAUUAUAUUCCACCAAUAAAAUAACAUGACAUUGAAAAGAUAUUUAUAGACUACACAGUAAAUGGUGACCAAACUGGGGGGAAAGUGUAAAACCCAGAUGCACAAAAUACUUAAAUUAUAGAUGAUUUCGUCGUCGUCGAUUUCACUGUCAGCUCUGCUGGAUGUAAAAGAAAUGGAAGAUACGUAGAAAUAAUUUACUAGACUUAUUAAUACGAGAUUUGUUUUUUUUAAAUAAGCCCAACAAAAAAUUCAUCUGAUUGUAACUGCGGUCAAAAAAUGACUUUGAUUUUUUUUAAAUAUGCAUUACAGUCUCUCUCACACACAUAUGAAAUAAUACAAUUAAGUUAUUAAAACCUGUAGUUUACAUAUGUUAACCCUGUUCCCCCCGCUGUAAAAGUUGAACUAAUGUUUUGUAAAUGACAAGUCUUUUUCUUUUUGUUUCAUUUCACUUAUCUCACAUUGUUUAGUUUCAUUACUGCUUGUAUUAUAUAUCGCAUUUGGUAACGAUGAGAUGAUGCUAUGCUAUAUUUGACUUUUCAUUUAUCUUUGUUAGUCAGCUCAAACAUUUUUGUGACAACGUGCUGGGUCAAGUCAGUUCCUCUUCAAAUGUUUCAAGCUGUGCUGUCACAUUAUAUGAAUAUG